AUGUCGUUAGCUUCGCGCGAGAUCGGAACACUAAUUGUUGUCGUCUUGAAAGCGAAAAAUCUGCCCAAUAAGAGGCAUAUAGGAAAGCAAGCACCAUACUGCUGCGCAUUCUUGAAUGAAGAGAAACGUCGUACAAAGGCGAUCAAACGGGGCGGUCAACAUCCGGAAUGGGACGAAGAAUUCCGCUUUACUGUAUACGAGGCGACUGACGAUGAGCUGGCAAUGAAUUCACAAUCGACGGACACGCCGCCGCCCCCUCCGCCGAAGAAGGGUCGACCAAAGAAGAUAAAGGGCGGGAAUUCGAUGAGGCUUCAGUGCUAUGCAGAUGAUCCCCGGGAACCAGACUUGAUCGGAGAGACGGUGGUUGAUCUGACAGAGGUUCUCACCAAGGGAGAAACGGAUGAGUGGUUCACACUCAUGUACAAGGACAAAUAUGCGGGAGAGGUGUACAUUGAGCUGACUUUCUGGUCAAAUGAACCUCCUCCAGUCAAAAGAAUUGCGCCGAAACCAGCUACUGGUAAUAGCAAUUACGGCGGUCCGGGAAAUUUCGUGCCAGCCAAUGGCAGUACCUCUUCUUUGAACGGGUCCAGCGCACAUUCGACUCCUUCCCGACUUUCUGUCUCUAGCAACACUCUUGAUAGCCAUCUGCCGUCUACUAUUCGUUCAUCACACUCGAGAGCAGAGCUCUAUGCACCCGCAUAUGAGCAAAGGAACCGCCUAUCUCCAUCACCUGCCGAUCAACUUGCCAACGAUUUUGGAGAGUUAGGUGUCAUGGAUCCCAGAAGACGGGAGAGCUUUCCGCCCACACAAACGAUACGUCCCUCAACAUCGGCGGGCUUUAAUUCAUUGCCCUCGCAUCCACACUCGUAUGAUCAGCAUACACUUGAUAACGGAACAUUGACGAUCUCACACGAUGGAGGGAGAGCGGCCUCUGCCUCACCAUCCAGGAUACCUUCAGGUCCUGUUCCAUACUACCCUCCUUAUGAAAGCGGUUCGACUGUCAACCAUCCUCCCCCGCCCCUGUCUCGACAAGGACACGCUGGACCGCGCUUUAGCUUGCCAGCUUCUUCUUCAGGAUUCAUGCCGAUACCAUCACCAGCCCCGUCUUCUUUUGGAACGAUGACAUCGUACUCAUCAGAGCCAUCCGGUUUCUCAGCGCCGGAAAGACCUCCAUUACCGAUCCCUCCAUCUUACCCUCCAGCUCCCUCCAACUACUCGCCACCUCAUCAGAUUGGCCAUCCUUCCCUCCCCCCUCUCCCAGCACCUGCUGUCACACCGGUACCUCCCCUCAAUGCACCUCAACGAAUUUCACAUUCAUUCAGCACGCCGCAGCUACACACUCAUGACCAAUACCAAUAUUCAGAUCCCCAUGGGCAAACUGUCGCCUUCCCAUCCCAACAAGAGUUCAUACCAUUACCUCAGACAUACCACACAUAUGCAUCCACAUCGCCAUCACCACCUCACGAGUACGGAUCUACUUCCCAGCAUAUCCCGAUAUCACGAGGUUCGAGACCACUGCCUCAACCUCAGAUGGCUAACAACGCACCACGAACUCGCCAUCUUUCUGUGGCUGUACCUCCUUCAUCAAGCUUCCCUCAAUCGCUGAAUGCGCGUAGCCCACUGCCCUCUAAUUUCCCAAAUGGUUCGACCUACCAAAACAUUCCACCACCCCCACCCCUUCCAGCCCAGUAUCAUUCCACCGCGCAGCCCCAUUCUGGGCAUCCAUCGCCUCAGGGGGAGUCGCAAGCAUCACAUGCUCCUUUUCCGACUUCACCAGCUCAGCCGCACUCAAAUGUGUCCCCAGUACGGCCCGGCCUCCCGCAGCCUCCCAUGGGGUAUCAUCCAGUCCAGCCUGCUUAUCAGCCCCUCCCUCAGCCGCCCCCGCCCCCACCCGAUCUGCCACGUCACGGACAGCUUCAUCCUCCCCCUUCAUCACUAAAUGCUCCACCCACCAAUCAUUCUUAUUUCCCUGGCCCGCCUCCUCGGCCUCCACAGAUGAUUGAUCAUUCUCAUUGGGGUCAGCAAGGAAGUCAUGGGCAACCAACGUCUACACAGGGAGAUUGGCAAUAA